AUGGAUUCGCCUUCACCAGCAGACUCACCCAGCACGUCCCUGUCAUUCACCUCAUGGAACGAAGACAAGCCGACGACCAUUGUCCUUCUCCACGGAGGCUUUACGUGCCGUCUCGAGUUUGCGCUCGUCCUUCCGGGCCUGUCUAACUUCCACGUCCUUCUCCCCGACCUGCCAUUGCAUUCCGCGUCGCGCCACAUCCAGCCGGGCACGACUGAGAACUCGGCCCGGCAUGUCGCACAGCUCAUUCGAUCGCACGCCCACGGCGGAAAAGCCCAUGUCGUCGGCGUCUCCAUGGGCGGCUACAUAGGCCAGUGCCUCGCGUUGGACCAGCCUGACCUCGUGCUCUCGUUGUUUGUCUCAGGCGCAGCGCCAGUUGUUGGCAAGCGCUUAUUCAUGGCGCAAUGGACAAGAUUCACCUAUUAUUCUAUGUGGAUCACGCUGAACUGCUUCCCUAUCUGGCUAUUCCAGUAUCAAGCUUCAUUUUCUGGCCUCAAGAUCAGUGACGAAGUGGUAGUGGCGAUGAGGGAGAACAUCACUUGGGAGCUGGUCUCGGACAUGUUCCCAUGGAUCAUAUCGUUCACUUUGGACCACGUGCGGCAGUUGAAAGUGCGGACCUUAUCGGUCGCCGGGGCACAAGGGGAUGACGUGCCCAUGAUAGAGAAGACGGCCGAGGCGUUGAGGAGCAGGCGGACGGACCAGGGCGAGGCGUGGCCUGAGGAUGGGUCAGGAGCAAUCGUUUUGAGGGAGGCUACACAUGGGUGGGAUAUGCAGUUUCCAGAGCUCUUUGCCCGAGGAGUAUCGGCUUGGGUUAAUGGAGAGAAACUACCUGACGAGUUCGAGAGGCUUUAG